AUGAAAGAGGAAAACCGAUACCUUGGUGGCUUCGUUUUUGGGGAAUGGACGGAGGGUGGAAUGGCGGUGCUCUCAGGUGGCCGGAGGAGGGACGAGCGUGAUGACGCUGCUUGCUUACUUUGGGCUUAUGCAAUUUUGCUUGAUGCUUGUAUUCUCAAGCAGUUUUGCAGGUGGUUGAGCUUUGGUUUCGUUUUGAAGGAUUCUUGGUGUUUGCAGUUUAUGCAGGUUGAACUGGCUUUAGGCAGGCUUGAAGGCUUGUUUGGUAAGGCAGGCUUAAAGGCUUGUUUGGCUUAUGCAGGCUUGGUAACUUGUUGUCUUUUGGUUUUACAAGUUUGUUGUUUUAGCCUUUUGGGAAACCAGGCUUGGGCUUUUGGACAGGUUCAGGUUUGCUUGCUAAAGGUUUUAGCAGGUUACAGGUUUGCUGGCAGCUAUUUUCUCUUCAUUGUUUUCAUUGAGUCUAUUCCAUUACUCCAAUUUUUACAUUUCUCAAUUCAUUUCUUUCUCAUUGCUGACAAAAUGGCGAACGCGGCGUCUGGAAUGGCUGUGCAUGAUGAUUGCAAACUGAGGUUUCAAGAGCUAAAAUCCAAGAGGAGCUACCGGUUCAUUGUGUUCAAAAUAGAAGAGCAGCAAGUUGUCGUCGAUAAAUUAGGCGAGCCUACAGCAAGUUAUGAUGAUUUUAUGGCUAGUUUUCCGGCUGAUGAGUGCCGUUAUGCUGUCUAUGAUUUUGAUUUCAUAACCGAUGAGAACUGCCAGAAAAGCAAGAUCUUCUUUGUUGCAUGGUCACCAGAUACCUCAAGGGUAAGGAUGAAGAUGGUGUAUGCAAGUUCCAAGGAUAGAUUCAAAAGAGAAUUGGAUGGCAUUCAAGUUGAACUCCAAGCAACUGAUCCAAGUGAGAUGAGCUUGGACAUUGUGAAAGGGAGAGCCCUCUAA